AUGGCACAACUAAACCUAACAAUCAUGGUCAUUUUCCUCUCUAUAUUUUCAUGUUUUGCGCGAAAGGAGCCAUCAUUAGCCCAUCAUGAAUCCCAAAAUAACCAAAUUCAAACAGAAACUCAAACUCAAACCCGAACAAAAACAAUGGAGUACAUAGAGUUCUCAUGCCAAGGAACACGGUAUCCAGAUCUAUGCAUCCGUUCGUUAGCCUCUUUCGCCAAAUACUCUACCAUAAAUGGACCUGACCACUUAGCUCACAUAGCCCUUUCCGUAAGCCUAACCAAAGCACUCCAAACAAGAGGUUACUUACUAAAAAUAGUUAAAGAAAUCGAAGAAAUCAACAACGGUAGUCGACCAGGUUACGCGUACUUAACAAUGCAAGAUUGUGAGAAACAAAUCAGCGAUAGUGUUGAUCAACUUAGCCAAGCGAUUAAAGAGCUUCGUAGAGUGAACAAAGGAACGAUUAUUGAUGAUAAAAUGUUGUGGCAUAUAAGUAAUGUUGAGACAUGGGUGAGUACUGCUUUAACAGAUGCUAGCUAUUGUGUUCAAUCGUUUCCGGGUCAUAGGAUGAGUAAGAGGACUGCUACUAUUAAGGUUAAGGCACAAAAUGUUGCUGAGGUUACUAGUAAUGGACUUGCUUUGUUUCAUAGAUAUGCUGCUAAAUAUAGAGCAGCAGCAGCUGCUAGAGCCGCCAAGAAAUUACCAUAAUCAAUAGAAUCUCAAAACUUUGGUUCAUGUAGAUGAAUAUACUUUCUUUUGUGUUUGUUUGUUUUUUUAGACUCAAGGUGAGAUUCAAGAUAGUUUUUAACAAAGUGUGAUAUAUAUGAUUGUAUAAAUUAAUGUAUCCAUCACAAUAAUGAAAGAAGUUUUUGUUUGUCUUGU